CUGGAUGAAAACGUGUCGUUUUAGCCGGAUGGUGUAAAAGGAAGUGUGCUAAGGAACUUUUCCCAAAUUAUCCUAUAAAUAACCUGAAUAUAAACAAUCCAAGAGUGUUGAAUUCGUGAUGGAAACCGGCUCAUUUACCCACGGUGCCCUUGACUGGCCCUUCACAGGCCCGGUAACAGAACACAGAACGACCUUCACAUACAUGUGUGCUUCGACCUGCCAACCCUUUCCAAGAAUUCCCUUCGCCAGGGCCGCACCGCGGGGUAGGGGGAGGCCGAAAAAUUGUUUACACGAGCAGAAGCGGAACUAUUUACAUAGUGCGACCUUCAAGGAUCACCUCUAUGUGCAAAGAGAAUGGAUUAUUAAAGUACAGACAAUGGCUGAAUUCAGUCUCAUCGAAGCUUUAGAAAACCUCUACAUAGACCCGUUCCCGACGAAAAAAUAUAGAGCCAUAGUCAAUCGCUUAAGGAACAUCGCAGCAAUAAUGGAAGAACUCCACGAAGUUCGUAUGUGUUGCUUAGACGACACUGUGAAAAAAUUGUCCACCAGCGUUCCAGAAGCUCCAGAAAAUUUGAAAAACCGAUUUGUGCCAACAUCUGAAAUCUGCAAAGAGUUAACAAAACACCAAGUUUUAGAAAAAUUUGUCUACAUGUUGAGAAAGAUGUUAUUUUAUAUAAUAGUCAAGUUGAACAGGUGUACAAGUGAAGAUGCAGCUUCAAUUCUUCACGAUUUUAAAGCCCUCCAAGUUUGUAUCUUCGUGUUUAGAAAAUAUUCCACCUGGAAUAACUCGAGCGUCGACGACAUAAUUAUACUCUUCCAGAGAAAACUGAUCCAGAUGGUAAAAGAACUGAAUCGUGAGAACUGCGAAACGAAGUUUCAUCUGUUUAACAUCGUACGGAAUAUCAUCAUAGAGUUAGGUAAACACCCAGUUUAUAGUGCUCCAACGGUUAAAUUUUUAAACGAGGAAGUGAAAACAUUCUACGAACAUGUUAAAACUAUGGACCUCAGUAAGCCUGUGGACGGUUACAUUUUUGAAAAUUAUUUAACUUAUUUGUUUAUUUUGAACGACAUAAUAGGCAGAAAUUUCAUAAACAAUAAUAAAGAUGAAGGUAAAUUAAUUUUGUCUGGCUUAAGAAGCGUUCUGACUGAGAAUGCUACUCAAAGUAAGGUCCGCCCACGAGAAGCUUACUUAGUGCAGAAUAUUCUGAAGAUUAUCGAGGUUUACGAACUUAUGUAAAGAAUAGUGGGUGGUGUAGGAAUUACAUAUUGUGUUUCAAAAGUAGGAAGAUUGAAAGAUGUGACAAAAAUAGAAUGCAUUUAUUAUGUCUAUAUGGCGCUGUAAUUAAUUUCCGUGUUAUUCGUUCAACAACUGUGGUAUGUUUUAUGAGUAUGUAAUUAAAUAUCGUAUGAGUUAUUGUUAAUUACAUUUAGAUUAAUAUUAUAUGUCUUAAUUACACA